GUCGUCUCACUCGCCCCACUCACGAAGGUAACGGAACGUUCGCUCUCGUUGUGCAAAGCUUAGCGUGUUUGAUAUACUUGUACGGCGAUCGUAGAUGCUAAAGUUCAUCAGUAGUAUCAGGACUGGGAGUGGUGCCAAUGCCACAUCCUCUCCAUCGCAGGUGCCUGUUCAAACCGCAAGCGGAUAUGCACAGCGGCAGAUACAAGGCAUGGAGACGGGCGUGCCCGUGCAACACCCAAGCGAACAUGCGCACCGACAGAUGCACGAUACCGAGAGAGAUGUACCUGUACAACCCCAGAUUAUGUGCGACAGUUCACAUCGUGAGUUGCAGGAUUCCCAGAAAGAUAUACAUACACAGACCAACACCGAGCAUGCACACCGGCGGAUCCACAAUCUCGAGGUCAACAUACCUACUAGGCGGAGCAUUAGCGAGCAUGCCAAUCGACGGGGCCAGGAUCCCGAGAGAGAUUUUGCCAUAGCGCAAUUGAAGUCUGAGUUAGAGCGGUAUAAGAGAGAACUCGAGAAGGAAAAGCAUAGUGGAGAGCAACUCCGCAAAUUUGCCGAACAACAGAGGCAAGCAAGAAAGGACAUGCAAGAAGAAGUCGCGUACUGGAAAGGAGAAAUGCACCGCUUACGGCAGGGCAGGGAUUCAGCUCGAGCAGAGCUGAAGCAACUUGAGUUCCAAUUCGACCAAGCAAUGAAAGAGCGGCAAUCUAUACAAGCACUAUCGGAGCAGCGUCGACUAGAAUUGGAGGAUGCGCAGAGCUAUCUUAACACUGCUGAUGAAUUCUCGGAACAAGAUGUCGUCCGCCUUAUCAAGAACUUGAACAGUGAAGUGUUCCAGGUCGUCAGAGCGGUGGCCGAUAGCUUUCAGAUGUUUGACACUUCGAAGCGAGAUGAAAGAGCGGAGAGCGAAGCAGCUGCCAAUAUAGGACCUUCCAUGUUGGAGCUCUUUCAGUCCGUCUCAGAUACAGGCGAAACUCUCGCACUGGAAACUGCCCUUCAACACAAUCUCGUUCUGCUCAUCAAUGACGUGAUAACACUGUGGAACUUUCGCUAUGGUGACAAUGUCAGUGUAGUCAUGGCGGGUCUGAACCAGAAGAUUCUUCGAUCAGAGAGCCAGAGCAUAGCUGGACGAUGGCGCGCCAUCACGCAUAGGAACAUGCCGAGCCAGCUACCUGAUGGCCGGGACUGGCAGGACUAUUGCGUGGAGCAUAGCACCAGUUUGCUGUCUUCCAUAUCCAUGGCGGCCGGGGGCCGCGUGGAUGUAUCUGGACAAGCGGAUAGCAUCCGAGAGAUUAUUCACGGAGCAUUCCGGCUUCGGAAGAUGAUAGGAGAAAACAUUGUCGGAAGCAAUUACACUGUGACGAUAGGCCAAUCCGGCGACGUCUUCACUCCAGAUUUCAUGGAGGAUGCUUUCGCACUUAGAGGGCGACCUCCGAAGACUGGGAUGUCCAUCCUCUGCGCAUCUGAACUCGGCCUGCUACGGCUCGACAAGGUCAAGGCAAGCGCAGACGCAGCAGGAGGGAUCUCCGAGGUGGUUAUAUUGAAACCCAAAGUCGUCCUGGCAGAUUUCGUCAUGGAGUUGGGUUUGGGGGAACGGUCGCAUGGUGAUAACCUGAGCGAUUCCCCGAUGCGCGAAUAGGAAAGCAAACUCCGAGCCUUUCUUGUAAGAUUCAUUUUGUCCUCGAUG